AUGACAUUUGCCGAGUUCGAAACUCUGUUUCUUGACAAAUAUUUUCCCACACCUCUUCGCUUAGCCAAGGAACAAGAGUUCCUGAACCUAAAACAAGUAACAAUGACCGUUACCCAGUAUGCAGCCAAAUUUGAGGAACUAUCCCAUUGUGCCCUAAACUCCAUCCCGAACGAGGACAAGAAGGCUAGGAGAUUCGAGUGGGGACUAACAACUGCUCGAAAGGCUGUGGUGGUUCAAGCUUUUACCACCUAUGCCGAAGUCAACAACCAACCAUGGAGGACUGGUAUCCCCAAAAAUGGCAAACCAAAGAGAGGUGGUCGAGACAUAGCGACAGUUCAGUGCUUCAACUGCCAGGCUAUGGGUCACUAUAAGUGCGACUACCCCCAACUUCAAAGAGAAAUGAAUGAGAACUUUGGAAAUCAGAAAGCUCAACAACCUGGAUCGGCUGGUUUUGUGAGACAAAAUCUUGGAGAACCAUCGCAGCAGCAGAACGAUACCUGCGUACAAGCCUUGUUUGACUUUAGAGCAUCACAUUCAUUUAUACCUACUGCCUGUGUAACUGCACUAGCACUAGAAAUAGAACCCCUAAGUACGAGAAGGAAAGUAACACCACCGUUGGGGAAGAAUAUAACUAUUAGUCUAGUGUGUAGAGGGUGCGAACUAGAAGUAGUCGACCUGCGCCUAACCUGUGACCUUAGAGUGAUCGACAUGGCGGAUUUCAACGUAAUCCUUGGAAUGGACUGGCUAUCAGCUCACUGA